GAAUGGGAAGCCUUGAAACCGCCGAGUUCCAUGUUUGUAUCUUCAAAUUCAGAGCGGAGUUGAACUCCAUGUUGAAACAAAGUUACCAACUCCCUUUUAAAUGUAUAUAACUUUUAUUUGUAGAUUUUAUACCGGUCUGGUACGUCAUUGACUAGCCGAGAAAUGUAAUCGUUUGGAUGCGUAAUGUAUUUAAAUACUGUUUGCGGUUAUGUAACUUUGUGCGCAUUUAUAAUUUAAUGUUCCUAGUCAGCGAACAAUCUAAAACGGAACAAAGUUUUUAGUUUCUAUUGUGGAUCAAGUCUGGUGUAAUGGACCACCAGUCCUCAAUAAUCACGCAAGUUAGUCGAGAUGAAGAGGCGAAUAGAGAGAAGGGUCCCCCACCCUCGUCGUCUAAGAAGCCCAGGAGUCGAGGCCUGUUCCACAGCCUCUUCUGCUGCCUAUGUCAUGACCAGGCGGAGCCCCCUCCGGUCAACAACAACGCCCCGCUACUGGUGGAGGAGAACGGGACUGUCUCCAAGGUCCAAGUCAGACCGCUGCUGCCUCAGGCCAAGUCAAAAGACGCAGGGAAGAUCUGUGUUGUCAUAGACCUGGAUGAAACACUGGUCCACAGCUCAUUCAAGCCGGUGAACAAUGCUGAUUUUAUCAUUCCCGUAGAGAUCGAUGGAACUGUUCAUCAGGUAUAUGUGUUGAAGCGACCUCACGUGGAUGAGUUCCUGAAGAGGAUGGGAGAGCUGUUUGAAUGUAUUCUGUUCACAGCUAGCCUGGCUAAGUAUGCGGACCCAGUGUCAGACCUGCUGGAUAAGUGGGGUGCGUUCCGCGGUCGUCUAUUCCGUGAGUCGUGUGUGUUCCACCGGGGGAACUACGUGAAGGACCUGAGUCGUCUGGGCAGGGACCUGAACAAGGUCAUCAUCAUAGACAACUCCCCAGCCUCCUACGUCUUUCACCCAGACAACGCUGUGCCUGUGGCGUCGUGGUUCGAUGACAUGGCCGACACCGAGCUCCUGGAUCUAAUCCCCUUCUUCGAAGGGCUCAGUAAAGUGGAUGAUGUCUACACGGUGCUCAGGCAACAGAGGGACUCCAGCUAGCAGUGCUGUCAGUCACCCUACCUCUCUACUACCGCCAUCUACAGGACAGACCGAGAACCGCGGCCUUAAAGCGUCUUCACACCAACCGUACACCCCCUCAGCCUACCGUCCACCAGAUCAACCACAAGACUUUCACCUCCAAGCCCACCCCUCUUCUUCAACCCUUCAGAACCACGCUAGUACUGCCCUCUAUUGGGGAAACAGAGGACUUGAUCCUCCAGAACACAAUCUACCAUCCCUCAACCACAGAUGGGCUUGUGUAGAUGGAUGUUGUGGGUUAUAAUGAGUUAGGUUUUUAUACAGUGCCUUUCAUCAAAUGUCAUUGGAACAUACAGGACAGUCAAGUAGAGGGAAUCUACAGCGUUCUUCACAAUGAAGAAAAAACAUGUAGCAGGAAGGUAAUGGGAGAGAACUCCCAGGAUCCAAUCAGAAUCAGUUCUACAACGCCGGGUUGGAGUCGAUAAGUUUCCGGAAGACCGAACACUUCUAGAACUCUGUAUGGAAAAGCAAAUAAUAGCUGUAUGAAUGGAUAUUUACUACUUUUAACACUUUAAUGUGCUUUUUAUUUUAUUCACUUAUUCCCCAAGAGACAAUUUAAAAAAAAAAUAACAAGCACAGUAUUGGCUUUGUGUAAGUCAAGUGGUUUUACUUCUUUCAUCGCUCAGCUAGUAUCAUAAUGACUAGCAGAAUGAGCAUCAGUACUUGUUAAGGGGGAUGGAAUCAUAGAGAAUGACAUUUAUCAGUUACUGCAGCUAUCAAAACGUUCCAUGUCCCUUAAUCGUAUUUGUUUAAUUCGUUUUUUUAUUAAAACCAUAGGAAUAUGUGCGAUAAUGUGCCAGAUAACAUUUAUACGGUUAAUGGACCCGUUUUCAUAAAUACAGUAGUCAGAUGACUGAACUGCACCUUAAAUUACAAUAUAAUCUUUUAGGAUUUUUUGGAUUACAUUGUCUGUGGACUAUGGACCUCAACCCAGACAGACACAUGGACACAGUACCAGUACCAGUCAGUGGCCUGGAAAACCAUUGGUAUUCUGCAAGAGGACCUGGAUAUGUGUUGGAAAAACAUAUUUAGAUUAUGUCCAGGCAAACUGUUGGUCGUCCCUUUGCUGCCGUAGCAACGCUACAUCCAUGGAGGAGGGCUGGGCGACUAUAGUGUGAAUACCGGUAUGGAUCUGCAUACCGCUAUAUAUUUUUACAAUAACAGAAUUUUGAUACAGUGCUAAAUUAAAUGAAAAGUUCUACAAAUUGGACUAGUUCACUGUCAGUUUUGUCCUGGUUUGGUUGAGUAUAAAACCAUCAGAAUGGAGAAAGCUCAUUUAAAAUCACAAAGAAUUUAUUUGUUGCCAUUCUACGUCAUGCACUAAUCAUAAAACACAUUUAGACAAAAAAUAUAUUUUGGCUGUAACGCCCAGCCUUACCAUGGAGGAACGGUGUUGAGACAGUGUGUGUUAGCCAUCUGGUUUUGACAAGCACACUUCUCCCUCCUUUUACUGGAAAUAGUACUUGAAUACUUUCCCUUUUUGAUGAUCUCUUUUUAAAGGACUGCAAAUACUAUGUUUCUUCAGACCAGAUUGUAGGAUUUGGGUAGUUUGGUUUUUAAGCUUCUGACACAAGGUAGGACUAUAUUAAUCGCUACUUACCUGGGUUUGGAACCGUACAAUAAUAGUUAUUUGUAAGUAAAAACUAAGAGAUGGUCUAUCAGGAAGUGAACAGGAAGAGUAGUUUAAUGGAUUGAGUGAUUCGUAUUGAUUGAUACAGUUUAAUGAAUGCAUGGGGAAAAGCCACUGUGUUGGAGUUGACUAAAGGCCUACUAAAAUACCUUGUGAAAUAAGAUGAUUCAGAGUUUAAAUAAUCAGUAGACACAUGAUAAAUCUAUCAGUAUUAAGAAAUAAUGCAUUUUUAAUGUUUAACAUGUUUUACUAAAUUUCACAUUCCAACUUAAAACACUCACCAAGUGCCUAUGUCAAUCAAGUUAGAUACAAAAGACAAGACAUUUUUUUAAUUUGAUUUAUCUUUUUCUUUUGGCAAGUGGGUUGGCCCUUUGUUAGUAUUAUCCAAAGGACGAACAGAAAUCACUGUAGUACAAAUCCAGAAUGUUGUGGGCUCUCUAACAAUGCAUUCAUGGAUUCACACACAGACACACACACACACACACACAAUAGGAACUGGGCGAAUCCUGGUUUGAAAUCCAAGCCACCCCAAGCCAUCUAGAUAAUGUGACAUCUAGAUACGAUUUACACACAUUUGAAAAAAUUUUUUUUUGCAUAUCUCAAGGCAUGAUUUCUGUCAUAAAAACUCAGUAGGGAUAUUUACUGUCGUAGAUCCCCAGUCCCUUUCAACUGCUUCAGGGCUGUUCCCUAGUCAUUCACAGUGCUUUGGAAAAGAGAGCUUUCUAUCACCAUGGGGACCUUGACCUAUUGCUGUACCUCUUCUUCCUGUAUUCAAACACAUUAAAUAAUAUAUGCAUAUAUUAUACACAUAUGUAUAUUUUGUUUUGCACUGUAAUAAAGCAAACAAAAGUGAAAUUAAUAUAUUAUGGAUUAUUCAUGUGACUUAUGAUUGAAUAGCUGUAACGUAGUUUGUGGACAGUCUUUUUAUCAUACCAAAUUGUAUUAAACUGUUUAAUUAUGAUAUCUUCCAUAAAUGCAACAUAAUUAAAUAAACAGUGCAGGUGCUUGUGUGUUCAGACGCUCUAUCCUCAGCAAUACAAAAAGCCACGAUUUGACAUCGAAGCACAUUCAAAAGUAACAAUGUUUGUAAGCUCUAUCCUAAGAUAUUGUCUGACAGUUUUAUUGGAUAAAACCCUUCAUUCAAACUAUGGAUGUCAGUAUUUAAUGACAGUAGGGAAAAUAUAACAUCUUCAAAAAAAAUAUUUUUUACUUAAUUAUAGAAUUAAAAUGUUAAUUUCCAAUCAAUAUAUUUUCAAAAUAAAUAUGUGUAACAGA